AUGAACGGCUCUACCAUGUCGCGCUGCUGCGGGGACGAGGACCACGAAAAUGGCGAAUACGACGGAGCAGUCCCCAGGCAUGCCGUACAGAGGUUCUUGGAUGCCAUAAAGCUAUCUGUGCACCGGUUCGUCGAAGAUGAGCGUAUAAUCAAGUUCGUCACCCUGGUUCUGCUCUACACCCCUGUCAUAUAUUUUGCUGCAACUGCUUUUGGGUGGUACACAGCUUAUCAUGGGCCGGGUGUCCCCAUCGUCAUCUACAUUAUCGCAAGCUUAGCCCUGAUAUGCUUCCACGCGGUUUCCUGCAUGAACCCGGGCAUCAUACCCAGGUUGGCUGACAGUAGUGAUGCGUUCGAUGCAAUUCGCAUGAAGCGCAAGUACUCCAACGCGCCGACGUGCAUAGAGGUCGCCAUCGCCGGGAAGUUCCUCAGGAUCAAGUACUGUCACACCUGCAACAUCUAUCGGCCUCCUAGGAGCGUGCACUGUAGCGUGUGCGAUGUAUGCGUUCACAGGUUCGACCACCACUGCAAGUGGCUGAGAAAUUGCAUCGGUGGCAACAAUUACCGAGUGUUUUACGGAUUCAUCACCCUCACGUGCAUCGAGAACAUCCUCUUCGCGACCUUCUCAGUCAUACGAAUGGUGAUGGUCAGCAGGGGCGAUUGGGAUACGGCAUCCAUAGUCCACAGCGCCAUCUUGUUAACGUACAUGCUUUUGUGCGGGUGGUUCAUCGUCGGACUCAUGGUGUACCACACCUACCUCAUAUGCAUAAACAAGACCACGAACGAGCAACUCAAGGGGCUGUAUACAGAGUACAACCCAUGGAACCGAGGUAUAAUGCGCAAUCUAACGGAAACCAUGUUCGGCCGUAGCAAGGCGCAGAUGCUGUGCAACGCAACCAUAAAGGCAGGCCCAAUUUAUGACCCAGGGAGGAGCGUGCCAAUACACCUUGUCAAAGUUUCACCCGUGGGCGAUCAAAUAUUAAAGGGCAGAAGGCCCGCAUUUGACGUAACUUCCUCGGAACCAUGGGAAAGGACUGACCACGACGAGGAUUUCGAACACGCGUACUCGUAUGGGGGAGAAAAGCGCUCUCAGCCGCCAGUGGUAGACGAUUUGGUCGUCGGAGUAGUCGUGGACGACGCCCAUGUCCAGGGUGAAGGCUGGGAGAAAGUGGGUGACGGAUGA